AUGCCGUUCAUGAAAGGGAGAGCUCCUAUUCGACGUACACUAAACUAUUUAAAUGCUGGCAGAUUGGUUCUGAAAGACAAAAUCAAGAUAUUCUCUGUGGCCUAUAACAUAAGCGGUCAGAAUAAUACAGGAGCCAAAGAGUUCGUCUUUUGGUAUUUACCACAAAUUCAGUACAAAAAUCCGGACAUACAAGUAGCAACAUUUAAGAAUUUAACGCCGUCGCCUUUUAUUAAAUGUUAUUUUGAAGAUGGAAGACGAAUCUUAGUCGAUAUCGACAAUAAAUCUAAAGAGGAUAUUUUAGAACAUUUGAUUAACACUGUUGGGAAAUCCCGCGAAGUACUAUCUGCCGAGUCUAUAGCGGCUGAAAAGAAGGACAAUCCUGCGAACUUUGGCAUUGGCUGUGAACGCCCUUGCAUAUGUGAAGUGUACGGGCAAAUACCUUGUCCCGGUGUAGUGCCAUUACCUAAGUUUAUGAGAGGAAAAUAUAAAUAUCAAGUUGAUUAA